ACAAAUCAGAAUUAACAUUGGGAAGAUUAUUAUAUUAAUUACGACCCAAAAAAAAAAAAGUCAAAGAGACGUUUUAACAGAGCUGCAGAGGCAGAACCGUGUUUGUUAAGAGACCCCACUCUCUCUCAGCACAAAGAUGAAACAGCACAAACACAGAUGAAGAAAACCGAUCAAACAUUGCAUUAAAUGUUUGGCAUUUGCCGAGAAAUUUCCUAAAGGCUGUUUCCUCGUUCACGUCGCGGUUCCGAUUUAAACUCCCUAAACCCAAAUCUUCUCCACCAACUCCUCCGGAAAGAAACACACCUGAGCUCUCUACCUCCGAAUUUCUUCAAAGUCCUGUCAGAAUGUGCAAAAUAUUGAAGCUUUUCAUCCAAAAGCUACGAUCUUUCUGGUCUUUGCCAAGAUCCUCGAAGAGGGUAGUGAGUAUUUUCGAAGAAGAAGAAGAAGAAGACCCAAAUGCUGAUCCGACGACGGUUCCUGAUGAUGUGAAAGAAGGGCAUGUAGCCGUGGUUGCUGUUAAAGGAGGGAAAGCGAAGAGGUUUAUUCUGGAGGUGGGAGAGUUGAACAAACCAGAGUUCUUGAGGCUGCUUGAACAAGCGAGAGAGGAGUUCGGGUUUCAGCAGAAAGGGCCUUUAGCCAUCCCUUGCCGACCAGAAGAAGUGCAGAAGAUCCUGCAGUUCCACAGGAAGCAAAGUUUGGAUCUUGAGCGCUAG